AUGAGCACUUCGUCAGAACUCUUGCAAUAUGGUGGCAACGAUGGUGUUCUCUACGAUGGCUCUCAUGCACCUUGGUACGUUGUUGCAGACUCGGAACUGAUUGCUGUAGAGCAUCCGUAUAUUGUCAAAAAUCUUAAAAAGGGCAUUCAGUCUCUGGGCGGCCACAACAAAUUGAACGCUCUAUUUUCCUCCACUGAGGGAGAUCGCCCAGAAGCCAGUCUAUACCAGAAACCAGGAAACAGAUUUACAAAUCCUAUUUACUCGGACAAUGUACCGACUCGGAAUGUAGUGCUCAAGAUUACUAUACCAAAACGACGCGGUUUGAAACGUAAACGGUACCCUGACUCGGGUAAUUCACGUCCUUCCACAGAGGAACGCGAUCCAGAGCCAGACAGCCGGGAUGCCAGCUAUCUCAUCCGCGGCCUGCGAGACAACCCAGCUAAAUAUGAAGUCGAAGCUCUGGGAGCGGUCACCCAGACACACCGCUUUCGUAGCUUACCUGACUUCGCCUAUUCAUCUUCAAGAGGCCCCUUCAUGCGAAAAAUGAGGGAUUCGAUCUUGCCAUUUGACUACGAAAAGUUGAAAACUUUCAAGUUUGACAUGUCUCAGGGUACCCAGCCCAACUCAGAAAUCAUUCCUCCACCAGUGUGGUCUCACCAGCCAUUACCAUUCAAUUAUGCAUAUCGCCAGAAUCCGGGCGUUGUUACACAGAUGGGUGCCUCUGGUCGGUUGACGACUCUCAACACUCAGGUCACGCCGAAGGUGCAAGCAAGACCAAUUCCGUGGAAUGCUCCCGAAGUACCGCGCGGGCCUCCGGCUGGACUCCCUCCAAUAUCAUCUUUAGAGCCUGGUAUCCAAAGGGCUAUUGGGGCAGCAAAGGUUGCCAUCGAACGACGGCCCGUGUUCACGCGACGCUCGUUACGAAACCAUAUAGCCCAGGAUGACUGGGACGCCGUAGGUCAAAACGUGAGCAAGUUUUUGAUUCAAUACGUAGGCUACAUCUUUGCUUCAGGACCGUGGCGAGACUGCAUCGUUCAAUUUGGUGUCGAUCCCAGAAAAGACUCAAAAUAUCGGGUCUACCAGUCUUUGAUGCUUAUGUUAGACUCCAGGACGAAUCCAAAACCCCUACGUAAGCACUCGGAGACCGAGCAGGAGAUCAGAAAGGAGAGUCAUCUGUUCGAUGGGGAAUCUGUCAGCCAAGACGGAAAGGUUUGGCAAGUGUGCGACAUUACAGACCCUGUCUUGAGUGAUAUCUUGGCCACUCAGAAUGUACGUGUAGGAUGUCACGAGAGCGAUGGGUGGUAUCAUAAUGGCACAUGGUCGAAAACGAAAACAAUCAUGAAAUGGAAGACUGCAGCGAUACUGCAGGGGUCGCCUACUCUGACGAAUGCGCAAUUCCUACGGGUGGCAGAAGGUCUGCCCGAGAGCCUACCUAAACGUGGCAUGGCUGAGUUCAAGGUGUCGUACGAGGACAUUACAGCGUUGGAGAGAAGCCUUGUGAGUCAGAUCAAGGCCACAAGCCGCGCGUCUGGUGACAAGGGUGCCUCGCCUCAGCUUGAGCAGAAUGAUGACCAUCGAUCUGAGGAGCAGGAAGAUGAUAUCGAGCUGACAGAACUUGGUCUUGAUGAUGAUGAUGAUGAAAUGGGGGAUGAUUUGGAUGGCGUGCUUGCGUCCUCGAACGUGGUUCCUGCUCCCGAUGGGAACGACUCAAGGGUAGCGGCGACCAUGCAGCAGCUCGAAGGGCGAAAGGCUCCAAGCACUGAAUUGAUCAAUAGUAAUGAUGGGUCAUGA